AUGGUUUUGGUAACACCCAAGCCCACGAAAACGGAAAGAGAGGAGCCGCCCUGCGUAUUCAUGGACAUCGACCAGACGAUAUUGACGGACGAUGAAGCGCAGCUGCAACCGAACCAUAGUCUCGAGUCCCUUCCUGUCGGGAUAGUGGUUUGCAUGAUUAUUAUUUCAUAUUUAGUUCACCACGCCUCAUAUCUUGUACCCGGUGUAUGGUUAGUCAAAAUGUUCGUCUUUGUCUUCGUCUCCAAGCGUCUUGAAUUGAAUAAUAAUUACCUAUGCUCAGUGAAUUUUGAUAAACAAUAUUAUGUAGAGUCAAAAUAA